AGGAACAGGCAGACUGACAAACGAAAACGUCAGAAUCACGCACGAUGUUGUGAUUGACUGUUGCGACGACCAAUCACAACGUAGAAUUCGGUGUCGUUUCCUUUGCGAGCGCAGGACCGAUGCGGAGGUGGGAGGGGAAACGGAAUCAAAGAUACGCAGAGAAACGGGCUGCUGGUAGCGAAGAUGGCGGAUGGGGAUAGUGGCAGCGAGCGCGGCGGCGGCGGUGGUUUCCAGCACUACCAGCGGGAACCGGAGACCCAGGAGCUGGCAUCGAAGCGUUUGGACAUUCAGAACAAACGCUUUUAUCUUGACGUGAAGCAGAACGCCAAAGGCCGGUUCAUAAAAAUAGCCGAGGUCGGUGCCGGGGGCUCAAAAAGUCGGCUGACCCUCUCCAUGUCAGUUGCGGCAGAGUUCCGUGACUAUCUGGGGGAUUUCAUAGAGCACUACGCCCAGCUUGGGCCUAGCACCCCGGAGCAAAUCGCUCAAUCAUCCGGUGGAGAUGACACUGGGCCUAGACGGGCCUUGAAGAGCGAGUUCCUGGUGCGCGAGAACCGCAAGUACUACCUCGACCUUAAGGAGAACCAACGGGGCCGGUUUCUUCGGAUCCGACAGACCGUUAACCGUGGGCCCUGUUUUGGUGUCGGUGGAGGUGGUGUGCCCGGAGCUGGUCUGCAGUCCGUCCAAACCAUCGCACUUCCUGCACAAGGCUUAAUAGAGUUCCGUGAUGCUUUGGCGAAGUUAAUAGACGACUACGGGGGAGACGAGGAGGACCUGGCCGGCAGCGGAGGCGCAGGAGGUUACAGCGAGCUUCCGGAGGGCACCUCCUUCGUAGUGGACUCCAAGCGGUUCUUCUUUGACGUGGGAUCCAACAAGUAUGGAGUGUUCUUGCGGGUUAGCGAAGUGAAGACCAGUUACAGGAACUCUAUAACGAUUCCCUUCAAGGCUUGGAGCAAGUUCGGGGGAGCGUUUAGCCGCUACGCCGAGGAGAUGAAAGAGAUCCAGGAGAGGCACCGGGAUAAAAUGUACGAGAGGAGAACCGGUGACGAGUCCGAAGGCGACGACGACUGACGCAGAGUGAGCAACCUGUGAUGAAUCUGACGAAAUGAUGAUGAAAAGUUCUGGAGAGAAACAAAAGAUGGAGGAACGACAAUUUUGUGCAUGACGAAUCGAACUUUGGAAAAAAAAAUUGCUAAAACAACGGAGAAAAACACAAAGUAUGUUUGACUGAGAAAUCACUGUCUAUAUAAGAGAAUAUGUCCUAAAGAUUAGGUGAAUGUUAUAGAUAAAUGAAUGCGGACUGCAGUAGUCAGCUCCUGUAUGAGAUUUCCCAUUGAUGAAAAGUAUAUAAAUACAUAGUUAUAAAUAUAUCUAUAGCUCGUCCAUUUGAGAAACCUCACAUGUGUAGCCCUGCAGAUUAAGUUGACAAUGCUCAAAGACUCAGCCGUGCAGGUCUUCAGUCUUCACUUCUUGGUUGAUAUCCAAUAGUAACGGUCACCUGGUGCUAAACCUAAGUCAGUGUGAUUCUUAACAGGAAGUGUGUGAAAUACUCGAACCAACAGUUGUGAGUCAGUGGGAGUGAGGGAGGGCACCUGCAUCACUCGCCCUGGUUGCAUGUUUAAUUUUUUUUGGGGGGGG